UAAAACGAGGCCACGAGAAAAAAGAACACAAGCGAAGCAAGAAGUAAAAGCCACCGCCGUCCACCGCUACUUGUACGAGGUGACAGCGACACGAGAGACGCACACCACAUCAUCAAUCCAACCCCGUCCCUCCUCUCUCCCAGCCUUCCCAGCCAGCGAAACGGAGAGGUUAACGAGCGGAGCGAGGAUUUUCCACCGGCGGGACGCCUCUACUCGCCGUUAAAAUCCCACUCUCCCACGUUAAAAAUAAAAAAUAAAAAUCCCACCUUUCCCGGCAGCGGCGUCAUCACCGUCCCGAUAGCCGGUAUCCCUCUCAAAUCUCCCUCCCGAAUCUCUCCAUUCCGUAAGAACCACCACCGCAGCGCCGCCGCCGCCAUCCCAUAGCAUCGCUUCUGCCCCCCGAAGCUCCGACCUCCCAGCAUGCGCUUUGCGUUCUCCUCUUCCCCUUCCAUUGGCGACGCGGCGCUCAACUGGCAUCUCCCGACCUCGCCGCCCGCCCGCUGUCCCCACGCUUGCUGAAGCCGAAGCCCCUCUCCCGGCGGCGCCCCUCGGUCCCGCUCGCCCGCAUUGCUCGCUCGCUCGCCGCCGGAGGCGGGGGUCCCGUCUCGCGGGGCGACGGCGGCUCUGGCCUGGUCGCACCGGUGCCGGUUGGUUGGUUGCGCGUGGGUGGGGCGCUGACUUUGGGCGGACGCAACGCAAUCAAACGGAAGGAAGGAAGCUUCUCGGCCGCGGCCGCGUCGCUUCGGCUCGGGGCGUCUCCUGCUACUUCUCGGGGCUUCUCCUCCCCCCCUCGGUUGGGUGCUGGUCUUAGCGUCAAGUGGCGGGGAUGGGGGUGCUGGAGUUCGCGGUGGAGAAGGCCAGAUCCCUCGCCGCCGCCGCCGACUACGAGCGGCGCCGCGUGCAGAAGGGGGACCUCGCGCGGAUCGAGACGCGGCGGCGCCAGGAGGCGGGCCAUGGUGUGGGCACGCCGAGGGCCCAGGGCGCCGCCUCGCCCGUCGGCCCGCCAACGCCGCCGCGCCGCCCGCCCGAAGCGAGAUCUGGGGGCGAAGGCGACGCCGGCCCGCGCUGUCAUCCUCCCUGCCGUGAUAUCAGGCGAGUGGAGGAGGAGGCUGCUGGCGAACCCAGGGCUCAGUUUUUAGCCCCAGGGACUGACUUCUUACAUGACUUUUCAGAUACAGAUUCUAGUGUUAGUGUUAGUAACUCAAUGUACAGAUCGAUGACCCCAAGCCCUGCAGAGAGCCCUACUUGCAUGGUGAGGCUGGAUGACACUUCUGAUCAUGAGGUGACAACAAUGACUGAUUCAGAUGAUGCGCGGGAGCAAGUCACUAUCAGCAUCGCUGAUGAAGGAGAGGUCAACACAUCACCCCCUAUUGUUGAUUUUGGUGAUGAUAUCUGGUGCCCACCACCUCCUGAAGAUGAGAGAGAUGAUGUCGAAUCAAGGAUAUUUGGAAUCGAUGAUGAGGAUGAUGAUAUUUUAUCAGAACCUAGUUGCUUCACUGCUAAUAAAAUAGCUGGUGCCAAUGGUGUCUUUGGUGGAGCCCAUAAAGAUGGUGUUCAGAAUGACUUGCUGAAGCACUUUCGAGCUCUAGUAGCACAGUUACUGAAGGGGGAAGGCAUUACUUUGGCCAGUAACAACGAUUCCAAAAGUUGGCUUGAGAUAGUGUCCUCAUUGGCAUGGCAGGCUGCUAACUAUGUGAAACCUGAUACCAAGAAAGGUGGCAGCAUGGAUCCUGGUGACUAUGUGAAGAUUAAAUGCAUAGCAUCUGGGAACCCACCUGAUAGCAAUUUUGUUAGAGGCAUUGUUUGCUCCAAGAAUGUAAGGCACAAACGGAUGGUCGCAGAGCACAGGAAUGCCAAAUUGCUCAUUUUAGGAGGGGCCCUUGAGUACCAGAAAGUAUCGAAUAAAUUGGCAUCCAUAGGGACUAUACUUGAACAGGAAAAGGAACAUUUAAGAACUAUUGUUGGAAAGAUUGAGUCUAGGCAGCCUAAUGUGCUUCUAGUUGAGAAAAGUGCCUCAUCUUUCGCUCAGGAGCUCUUAGCAAAAGAUAUCUCAUUAGUUCUGAAUGUGAAGAGGCCACUUUUGGAUAGGAUAGCGAGAUGCACAGGUGGUCAGGUUGCCUCAUCAAUUGACAACAUUGUCUCAGCAAGGCUUGGACAGUGUGACUUGUUCAAGGUGGAGAAAAUUCCAGAAUCCACAUCAGCAGAACACACAGAGAAAGGAUCAAUUAAGACUCUGAUGUUCUUUGAAGGCUGUCUGAAACGCUUGGGUUGCACGGUUCUGCUGAGAGGGAAUUGCCGGGAAGAAUUAAAGAAGAUUAAGCGUGCAAUGCAACUUGCAGUCUUUGCUGCUUAUCACCUCUCCCUGGAGACAUCAUUCCUUGCCGAUGAGGGUGCAACAGUUCCAAGAACUCCUUCGAUGUCUUUGAUAGAUGCACCAGAUCUGCAAACCCAUAGAGAUUACAUCUCUGCUGGGCCUGCUGAUCAUAAUAUUCCUGAUAACCUUAGAGACACUGAAGAGAAAUGCCCACACAAUGUUAGUAUCAGCCAGAUAUUUGAGAAGAUCUCUGCAUCAUCAACUCUGUUAGCACCAUCAACUCUGUUACCAUUUGAUGGGGUAAGCCAGGGAACCGUGCCUGAAUGUAGAGCAUCUGAAUUUCCAGUUGACCAUGUCAACUCUCAAGAUUUGUCAAGCUCAUGCCAUCCAAAUGCUUCGUGCAUUAAACAUUUAAUAUCUCCAUGUUCCCUCAGUGAUGGCUUCAGAUCAUCAUGUGCUGUCACAAAUUUUGAUGACCCAAACAAGUUUUUGCAAUCUUCAAUUGCUUGUGGUGCCUGUUAUGAUAGGGCGUCAAGCACGGAACAAUGCCCUUUGCAAAACUGUAGGAGUCACCCCUCAAUAGGCAACUUACAAUCAGGGGAUACAGAUGCCAAAGACAAGCUUUCUGCUGGUUACUUAUCUGGUACUGACAACAAUCAGAGCAUCUUAGUUUCGCUCUCAAGUACCUGCAUCCCAAAAAGCUUGGCAUGUGAACGUUCUCACCUCCUCCGCAUCAAAUUUUAUGGUAGUUUUGACAAGCCACUAGGGAGGUACCUCCGCGAGGACUUAUUUGAUCAGGCGUAUUGCUGCCCAUCAUGCAAGGAGCCUUCAGAAUCACAUGUUAGGUGCUAUAUGCAUCAGCAUGGCAGCCUAACAAUCAGUGUUAGACGCCUUCUGUCUCAAAAGUUACCAGGUGAACAUGAUGGAAGGAUAUGGAUGUGGCACAGAUGUAUGAGGUGUAAGCCUAAGGAUGGAAUGCCGCCAGCAACACAUAGAGUAAUUAUGUCUGAUGCUGCUUGGGGCCUAUCAUUUGGCAAGUUCCUGGAGCUCAGCUUUUCAAAUCAUAUGACUGCUAACCGAAUUGCGAUUUGCGGCCAUUCUCUCCAAAGGGAUUGCCUUCGUUUCUAUGGGUAUGGAAAUAUGGUGGCCGCCUUUCAGUAUAGUCCCAUGGUUACUCUAUCUGUUAACCUUCCACCCCCAGUGCUAGAUUUCAGUUUCCAUGCUACGCAAGAGUGGGUCAAAAGAGAGGCAGUUGAGGUAUUUGGCAAUAUGGAAUCCUUGCACAGGGAGGUAUAUGAUUUACUUCAUAAUAUUGAGAAGAGUAUCAUCACUGAGGAUGAUUCCUUCGAAACAAGCACGCAAAGGCAGAUAACGGAGAUGAAGGAUUUGCUUAACAUGGAAAGAAAUGAGUAUGAGGCUUUGCUUCUACCAGUUAUAAGGGGGAGUGCUCUGUCAUUUAAAUCGAAGGUUGAUAUUUUGGAGCUCAACCGUAUCAGACGUGGUCUACUCCUAGAUGCUCACACUUGGGACUGCAGGUUGUGUGGCAUAGAUUCAUUAAAGGAAGGUGGUCAUGUUUCCAGAACCGAUUCCUCCAAUCAGGAAAAAACCCAAGGGACCAAUGAAGCGAGACUUGAAUUUCAUCAGACAGUUGCAAGACUUGGAGGUACCUAUCAAGAAUCAUGUCCUCGACGCCCUUCAGGAAGUCCAAGGAACUCUCUCAUGUCUACAGAAGGCCACUCGAAAGAUCACCUGUCUGUCAUGGCUGAGAAAGAUUUGCCAAUUGGGCUGGUGGAUGGUGUUGCACGUGAUGUGGGAGGUCUUGAUUUGGUCUUCAGCAAUAUAUAUGAAGGACAUCAUCUAUCUGAAGAUCCUAUUAAGACAGAUCCAGUAGAGAGGUUACCGUCACUUGCAUCUAUUUUAGCAGACAAAAUAGAUAUGGCAUGGUCUGGAUCUGGUGAAUUACACUACAAUCUUCCACAUGAUUUGACCAAAGCAGAUGAAAAUAGAUCUUUUAGCUUGCUGAGCAAUCCAAGUUGCAAGAAGGCUACUGCCCCAGUCCGAAUCCACUCAUUUGAUGCUGUAUUGAGAUUGCAUCAGCGGGUACAAACUGGAUUAGUGCCUGCUUCAUUGCAUUCAGCAUUGAAACCAGCGGAUUCCUUUAGAGACUUGACGAGCCUUGUGAAGGAUCCGAUGACAAACAUGAGGAGAGCGUUUUCUCAAAUAUCUCCAAGGACUAGAGGGAACUUAAAUGCUGUUCUUACACGUGCUCCUAAAUAUAUAACAUCGGCUUCUGACAUGGUGAAGAAUGGGGCACGAUUGCUUCUGCCGAAUAUAAGCUGCGAAGGUUCUGUUGUCGUCACUGUCUAUGAUGAUGAGCCAACCAGUGUUGUGUCAUAUGCCAUGACAUCGCAAGAGUAUGUUGAGCAUGUCUCACAUAAAAUGAAUGCAAACCCCAGCUUUUCAGAUCUUACUAAGGUCAGCAGUAAUAGACUUAACAGAUCUUCUUCCUUGCAUGAAGAGCUUUCAGAUUUGAAAGGAACCCACUUCAGGUUCUACUUCGAUGAUGAUGCAUCUUCUACAGAUAGUACUAAGUUUUCUGUCACUUGCUAUUUUGCAAGGCAGUUUGAUGCACUCAGAAAGAAAUGUUGUCCAAGUAAUAUUGAUUAUAUACGCUCACUAAGUCGCUGUAAGCGAUGGAGCGCACAAGGUGGAAAAAGCAAUGUUUACUUUGCAAAGACAAUGGAUGAGAGAUUCAUUAUUAAGCAAGUCACCAAGACGGAGCUGGACUCUUUUGUAGAAUUUGCUCCUCACUACUUCAGGCACUUGACAGAAUCAUUGAGUUCCAGAAGCCCGACUUGCCUUGCAAAAAUAAUGGGACUUUAUCAGGUUGGUAUCAAGAGUUUGAAAGGUGGGCGUGAGGUGAAGAUGGAUCUGAUGGUGAUGGAGAACAUUUUCUUCCAGAGAACAAUAUCUAGGGUUUAUGAUCUGAAGGGUUCUGUGCGUUCACGUUACAAUUCUGAUACUUCGGGCCACAAUAAAGUCCUUUUAGAUUCUAAUCUCGUAGAAGCACUACAUACGAAGCCUAUGUUUUUGGGGAGUAAGGCAAAAAGAAGAUUGGAAAGAGCUGUCUGGAAUGAUACAUCAUUUCUUGCGUCUUUGGAUGUCAUGGACUACUCCCUUCUGGUCGGCAUCGAUGAGGAGAAGAAAGAGCUUGUUGUGGGCAUCAUCGACUUCCUGCGGCAGUACACCUGGGACAAGCAGCUGGAGACAUGGGUGAAAGCCUCAGGCAUCCUGGGUGGGCCAAAGAACGAGUCCCCCACUGUGAUUUCUCCAAUCCAGUACAAGAAGAGGUUCAGGAAGGCCAUGUCGAGGUACUUCCUCGCUGUCCCUGACCAGUGGACCUCCUGAGGCAGCUACCUCCUCUUUGGUGUUUUGGCUGCUACUUUGUCAGCCAAAGCAUCACCGGAUCAGCAUCCUUUGGCAACUUUUGAGCGAAAGGAUGGACUGAGCCGAAUAGGCAUUCUUUAGUUGCUUGUUGCUCCAUUUUUUGAACCAACAGGUAACAUGUUUAGCUUAUUAGCUAUAGAGCAGAUAUACGAGAGGAUCAGGCCCCUGACCUGGAUGGACUGUGACACAAGCAUGACCAUUGCAGUGUCCAGACACAUCUGGGGAAGGCUUGAUCAAAUGUAAAUUGCGGUGAGCCACGGCGGGUUAUUUAACGCCGAGUCGCGCUGUAUUCUUUUGAUUAAUAUAUUUGAUACCGAGAAAAUGUACAAGAUAGACUAAUACAAUUUGUAACAGCUCAGUUGCUUUUUGAA